GAUCUAAUAUUCAAAAAUGGACAUGAAUAGGAGAUUAUUCCAGGAUUUUCCUCUGCAUGAAACAUGCCUUCAUGGAACGUUCGAGUCCCUGAAAAAAAUGGUGAAAUCUGGCAAGUUUUUCAUCGACUGCGAAAGUCCAACUGGCGUUACACCUAUGGGAAUAGUCGCAGUGAGAUUAUACGUAUAUCGGCCCCAGGAUGUGGAUUCAAGAUCUGUUAGGGAAUAUGAAAGGAAAAUCACAUUCCUUCUGCAGAAUGGAGCCAAUCCGUUGAAGAAAUGGUGCGGAGGAACUAUAGCCGACCUGAUAUUUCAAGGAGGAAACCAAUCAAUGAUACACUUGAUGUUCAAGUAUUUCGAAGACGUGGACACACCUCUGAAUUCUUUCGGGCACACAGCGCUCAUUUCGGCUAUCCGAAGAGGAUACUACAAAACUGCCGAGAUUUUGUUGGGCAUGAAAGCCGAUGUCAACAAGGGAUGCUUCGUUAAGGAGACACCUCUCCACCAUGCAGCUUCUUCUGGCAGAGCAGAUCUUUUCCAUCUCCUGAUAAAACAUGGUGCAAGCAUGGAGUUGAGGAGCGAUUUGGGAGAAACUCCUCUUCAUUCAGCUUGUUACCAUGCGGAAGAUGAGGAGAUAAUAAGGAAAUAUAUAGAGUGUGAUCGGAAUUUGAACGCAACGGAUAAUGAAGGUUGCACACCGCUGCAUAAACUCUUUAUUAAAUUUCCCGAAACAUCGGCUGUGUCAGAAGAAUUGGUGGAGGUGUUUCUGGACAGAGGAGCCGAUUUGAAUAUCAAGGACUGCCGAGGACUGACCCCGCUCUCUUGGUGUAUCAAGAAGAAAAAUGCACCUGUAGCUUUGCUAUUUCUCCGGAACGGUGCCAACUUAGAUAUUUCAGAAGAAGAAGCGGUGCCUGUUCUGAAAUAUCUAAGGGGGAUUUUGUUAGAGGACACCCCGCUUGGACAGACCGUGCUCAAAUAUAUCGCUCUGGAGAUCUCGAAGGGCACCAAAAUCAACAGAGCUCUGGAGGAAUAUUUGAGCCAGCAGGAAGGUGUAACUCAAUAUCUGACGAAAUGUUACCGGGAAAUAGAGAAGCUCAGGAAAAGAAAAAUCAGGAACACCAGCGUCAAUUAUUGGAGGCUUCUAACGAAAUCUGUAGCGGAGUUAGCGAGGUACGCUAAUAACCCUUCAAUAAUUGGCGCAAUGAGAAAAUACCGAGUGGGGACUUAUCCAAUUUACGGUCGAGAGAUCGCCUAUAAGUUUGCCAAGGCAAAAAGGCGACAAAAACUUAUGGCAGUUUCAUCGGAUAUGUUCAACCGAUAUUGGGAGGGAAAAAUGCCAUCACUUUUUGUGAAAAUGGUGACGGAUCAUCUCUCCAUAACCGACAUGGAAAAUGUUAAGACUGCCAGACAGUAAUAUAAUUAAUAAUAAUGUAAUAUAUGUAAACACCUCAUUGUAAAUAACUAUGUAAAUACCUUAUUGUAAAUAACUAUGUAAAUAAUUGUUAAUAUCAACCAUUAUGUAAAUAAUUAUGUGAAUACAGUUAUGUAAAUAAUAAUGUACCUAAAUAACUAUGAAAUAUUGUUAAUAACUCUAUAUGUAAAUACACCAUUGUGAAUAAUUGAUAUAUAUUUUGUUAUCCUUUCAGUCCAAGAGGCAGAGUCAAAAAAGUCUCUGAAUUUAUUGAGCCUGU